AAUUCUUCCGCCUUCCUUCCCAGUUCCCACCUCCAAAUUCUCUCUCUUCACACAUUCUCGCACUCCAACCUCAAUCCCCAUCUCAACCCUCCACCAUGGGAGAACAACUCCAACUCCGCGGCACCAUGCGUGCCCAUACUGACAUGGUCACAGCCAUCGCAACUCCCAUUGACAACAGCGACAUGAUAGUCACCGCAUCGCGCGACAAAUCCAUCAUCGUUUGGAAUUUAACCAAAGAAGACAAGAUUUACGGUGUCCCUAAACGCCGUCUCACAGGCCACUCUCAUUUUGUCGAAGAUGUCGUUCUUUCCUCUGACGGUCAGUUCGCUCUUUCUGGUAGUUGGGAUGGUGAGCUCCGCCUUUGGGAUCUUGCGGCUGGUACCACUGCUCGUCGCUUUGUUGGUCACACUAAGGAUGUUCUUUCCGUCGCUUUUUCUAUUGAUAAUCGUCAGAUUGUUUCUGCUUCUAGGGACCGCACUAUCAAGCUUUGGAACACUCUUGGUGAGUGCAAGUACACAAUCCAAGACAGUGACGGUCACACUGACUGGGUUAGCUGUGUGAGGUUCAGUCCUAACACAAUGCAGCCUACAAUUGUGUCAGCAUCUUGGGAUAAGACUGUGAAGAUCUGGAACUUGUCCAACUGUAAGUUGAGGGCAACCUUGGCUGGCCACAAUGGUUAUGUGAACACUGUAGCUGUUUCGCCUGAUGGUUCCUUGUGUGCCAGCGGUGGCAAAGAUAGUGUGAUUCUUUUGUGGGAUUUGGCCGAGGGUAAGAGGCUUUACUCUCUUGAUGCUGGUACCAUCAUCCAUGCACUUUGCUUUAGUCCUAAUAGGUACUGGCUCUGUGCUGCCACUGAGAGUGGCAUUAAGAUUUGGGACUUAGAGAGCAAGAGCGUUGUUGAGGACUUGAAGGUUGACCUUAAGACAGAGGCUGAUCAUCUUGAGGGCUCUGGCACCACCGCUUCUAAGAAGAAGGUUAUCUACUGCACAAGCUUGAGCUGGAGCGCUGAUGGCCAAACAUUGUUCAGUGGGUACACCGAUGGUGUCGUUAGAGUUUAUGGCAUUGCUCGUUACUAGGAAAUAGGGUCUUCUGUGUGGUGACUUGCAAGGACAAUUUUCCUAAUUAGUGUCUUCUAUAUUCUCUUAGGUUUCAGUUGGACAUGUUUUCAGAUUUUUGAUACAUGUUUAUGGCGUUUAAGGCCUUUUUUUGAUUUUGAUUCCCAGUAAGAGGUUGAUAUUGAAACUUUGAUCGUGCUAUUUGCUUA